AUGAGCCUCAAAGACGAGCAGAAACCGUUGCUGCCGGUCAACAGCAAUAGAAGCGACAUCGAUUCCAGGCCCGACAGAGACCGGUUUACCGAUUAUCAGAGUUUGAAAAAUUCCAACGGAUCUGUUAAGAAUAAAAAAGUUAAUCAAAGCAUUACGUACACAUGGACCAACAUCAAUGUGCGCACGAAAAACGGCCAAAGCCGAGGUUUCUACGAUACACUAACGUCGUUUUAUCCAAGCAGCUUGCGAAACAAGUCGCAGAAAAAGGAAUUGUUGAAAAACGUGAGCGGAAUGGCGCGACCGGGUGAGCUGUUGGCGCUGAUGGGAUCAAGCGGCGCCGGCAAAACGACCCUAAUGAACUCUCUGACUUUCCGGAGUGACCGGAACGUGACGGAGACCGGCGUGAAAGCCAUCAACGGCGUGCCCAUCAACGGCACGUCGCUCACGGCCGUAUCCGCGUACGUCCAACAGCACGACCUUUUCAUCGGCACGCUCACCGUCCGAGAACACUUGAUCUUCCAGGCCAUGGUGCGAAUGGACCGACACAUACCGUACGACAAACGAAUGGCUCGUGUAGAAGAAGUCAUACAAGAACUGUCGCUGGUAAAAUGCAAAAACACUAUCAUCGGAGUUUCCGGGAGGUUAAAAGGUUUAUCCGGCGGUGAAAUGAAACGUUUGUCGUUCGCUUCCGAGGUUUUGACGGACCCUCCACUGAUGUUCUGCGACGAGCCGACCUCGGGCUUGGACUCGUAUAUGGCUCAAAACGUGAUCAGCGUGCUCAAGUCGAUGGCGUCCAAGGGCAAGACGAUCAUCUGCACCAUUCAUCAGCCGUCGUCCGAGGUGUACUCCAUGUUCGACAAGAUUCUGUUGUUGGCUAACGCCCGUACGGCUUUCCUCGGCACGCCAAAUGAAGCCAUCGAAUUUUUCAAAUCGCUCGGCGUCAGCUGUCCGAAGAACCACAACCCGGCGGACUUUUUUAUCCAACUGUUAGCCAUCGUACCAUCACAAGAACUGUGCUCGUUCGAAACCAUCGACACGGUGUGCGAGGCGUACGAAGAAUCUCAGUACAAAAACGAUAUGAUGCAACACCAAAAACAGAUGAUCAUCGCCGGCAAGGACUCAUUGGACUACUUGGGCUCGAACAACGUCUCGUCGCCGUAUAAAGCGUCGUGGAUCGAACAGUUCUACGCGGUUUUCUGGCGGUCGUGGCUCAGUAUCAAAAAAGAACCGGCUCUCACCAAAAUCAGACUAGUCCAAACGAUUAUGGUCGCGGCACUGAUAAGCUUCAUAUUUUACAACCAGCAUCUAGACCAGGACGGUGUGAUGAACAUUAACGGCGCGCUGUUCAUGUGCAUAUCGAACAUGACAUUUCAGAACGUGCUGGCUGUUAUAAACGUGUUCUGUUCCGAGCUUCCGGUAUUUAUGCGGGAGCACCACAACGGCAUGUACCGGACGGACGUGUACUUCCUGAGCAAGACGAUCGCCGAGGUGCCGAUAUUCCUGGUCAUACCGGUGCUGUUCACUACAAUCAUGUACUACAUUGUGGGCCUGAACCCUAAGUUAACGCACUUCCUCAUCGCCGUCCUAUUCAUAACGCUCGUCAGCCUGGUGGCCGUCUCGUUCGGUUAUUUCGUGUCGUGCGCGAGCGGAAACAUAUCGGUGGCACUUUCCGUCGGGCCCACGAUUGUUAUACCGUUCCUGCUGUUCGGCGGUUACUUCCUGAAUGUCGGGUCGAUACCGUCCUACUUCCGAUGGCUGAGCAUAUUUUCGUGGUUCAAGUACGCCAACGAGGGACUUCAAAUAAACCAGUGGUCGGACAUUGACUACAUCGAGUGCAACAGAGUGAACACGACUUGCCCCCGUUCCGGACACGCAGUCUUGGAAUCCAACAGCUUUGUAGAGUCGAACCUCACCAUGGACAUUGUGUCGCUGCUGCUGCUGGUCGUCGCCUUUCGGUUCAUGGCAUUCCUAUCUCUCCUAAUCCGAACGUCGAGAAAGUAACGUUCUCGGAUCUACGUAUAAUGAUAAUAUUAUACGCACACACAUCACACACAAAAAUGUAUGCAUAAAUACACCUAAAUUAAAAACAACCAUCAAACACGAUUUCAAACGAUCUUUGCGGAUUCCUCGUCCACCACAGUUGCCGCCGCCGCCGCCGCCGCGAAGGUCAUCACUAUUUGAACGGAUGCCAGAAAUACGAGUAUAUGUAAAUAAUGUAUUCUUGCUAUAGCUAGUCCGAAUGUAGACCGAUGAAUAGAUGAACAAGCGAAGUUGUAUUCUUUUUGUACAGAUAAAUAAAUUGUCGUUAUAAUAUAUA